UCUCUCUCUCUCUCUCUCUCUCUCUCUCUCUCUCUCUCUCUCUCUUUCCUCUCUCCCAGAGCUCAGAGGUCAAAUAUUUCGCAGUCUUUUCCCUCCUCUUUUUCUCAGUCACUCCGUUCUCCUCGCUAAUCGCUACAACCGCCAUGGACGUCGCCGCGCCGUACAGUUCCCGGACGGUCGAGGAGGUCUUCAGAGACUUCAAAGCCCGCAGAGCCGGCUUGCUUAAGGCUCUCACCACCGAUGUCAACUUGUUCUUCCAGCAGUGCGACCCUGAGAAGGAGAAUCUUUGCCUUUAUGGAUUUCCAAGUGAGCAGUGGAAAGUUAAUUUGCCUGCAGAGGAGGUUCCUCCAGAGCUUCCGGAACCAGCACUCGGUAUCAACUUUGCGAGAGAUGGGAUGCAAGAAAAGGACUGGUUAGCCUUGGUUGCUGUUCACAGUGAUGCAUGGUUACUUGCAGUGGCUUUUUACUUUGGUGCUAGGUUUCAAUUUGAUAAGAAUGACAGGAAACGCCUUUUUAAUAUGAUAAAUGAGCUUCCAACUAUAUUCGAGAUUGUUACAGGGUCAGCCAAGAAAGUAAAGGAGAAGUCAACAAAUUCAAACCAUGGCAAUAACAAACCUAAAUCAAAUUCUAAGAGAGGUUCCGAGUCUCAGGGAAAGUAUGCAAAGGUAAUGCAAGCAAGGGAAGACUAUGAGGAUGGCACAGACGAUGAAGAUAACGAUGAUGAGCAUGGAGAGACACUAUGCGGGGCAUGUGGAGAGAACUAUGCAUCUGAUGAAUUUUGGAUUUGCUGCGAUGUCUGUGAGAAGUGGUUCCACGGCAAGUGUGUGAAGAUCACCCCAGCAAGGGCCGAGCAUAUCAAGCAGUACAAAUGUCCAUCUUGCAGCAACAAGAGAGCCCGGCCUUGAUUGUUGCAGAAGUUGCUGUUUCUGUGCUCUAAUGGGUGAGCGCUGAUCGUCUAAUAGGUCAGGUUUUCAUAUAUAUCUUGGUCUCAUCCCUGCAGUUUAGGAAACUCAUAUGGGAUAUUACUUAGGUUUCGUGUGUCUUAUGUUUAAUUUAUCUUGUUAGGAUAUUUAUCUUCGAGUUGGAAAUCAUUUGCCCUCUUCACAUUGUGGGACUUGUUGUCUUUCUGCUUGAACUGUAUGUAGCUUAGUAGUGUUUAUAAAUGAAUGGGUCCAUUUUAUCAA